GAUUGUAGAUGCGCUUGCGUGCUAACCACAUGCAUCAGAGGAAUGCUUGCCGUUCCAGAAGAGAACUUUUUAUAUGUUACGUCGAUUACCCAAAGUGUUGCAAAUGAUGAUAUGGAUCUGGGCUGUCUACGAAGAAGCGAGACACAGACCUGUGAUACUCGACAGCAAUUAUCCUAAUUGCACUUACAGGAUAAUGCCCACGCGGUCGUUGAUAUCCUCUCUCAUGUCUGCCUGCUCCUUGGCACGAUAUGUGGCGAUGAGGGCCUACACAGUAACGCUGGAUGUAGGUAUCUUUCCCGACAGCAUGAGAAUGUCAAUGCCUCCUUAUAGGCAACUUAAACUCGUGGGGAAAAUCUACCUCAACAUGAAGCUCGAGAAUUUUCACAUAAACCAUGACAUGUUACCAAUUAUGGGUUCUCUGUGGACUUCCCGUGGUCCAAGUUACAGAUAGCACCUGCUCACAGAAGGAGGGAAACGGGGACCCUGGAAUUUACCGACGAGAUGUCUAACCCUCCCCUUGAUUGAGGGAAUACUCCAAGAUCAAAAACAUUUG